AACGAAAACAUAAAAUUGUUAGUGCUCUCGCUUUUCAUAACUAUUUAUACGUACAAAAAAAGGGGUGCAAACCAUGGCCAGCUCCAAUGUUUCGGACUGGGAUGAGCCGCUGCCCACGUCGACGGACUCGCUGCCCGAGGAGGAGGAUCCGGAUGUGUGUGCCGAGGAGAACGUGAAGAAGCGGAAGGAGGAGAACCUGGCCAAGCUGCAGUCCUACGUCCGACGCAUGGCCUACCAGCCGGCCAUGCCGCCCAAGGUGAAGCCCUACGAUGUGGCCCUGGCCAAGCCCAAGCUGCACACGCUUAUCGACAACUACGAGCAGUUCAAGGACGUCUACAAUCCCAAGAUGCGCGCGAAGCGGAUCAAGCGCAUGCUGGGCAAAUACAAUGCCAUCACUACAGAACAGCUGGAGGAUAUACUCAAGUGCAACAAGACCAAAGAGCGGAAGAAGGAGGACUUCCUGAAGCGCAAGCAGGAACUGUACUACAACAUGCUGACCAAGCUGGAGCGUCAGUGCCGCACACAGUACCUGAACGUGCUCAUCAAGAAGUUCGCCAAGUUCAUCGCCCAUCUGGCCACCACGAUGCGUAUUCCGCCGCAACUGGUGGAUCCGUAUGCGCGCAUGCAGCGCGGUAUCUUCUGCAACAUCCUCUUGGCCAUCGGUGUGCAGCCAACCUCGCAGUCGGCCAUUUACUACACCAGCCAGGACGCCAUUGAGUACGAUGUGUGUCAUCGCUUGGCGCACGCCCUGCUCAGUCUGAUCAUCAAGGCCCUGGACUCGGCCGCCACCCGUGAUCCGAACGAGCUGGCCAAGCCGGCCGACAUGGACUUCGAGAUGGACAACCACAUUAAGCGCCGGCUCAUGUGUGCCGCCGAGAAGAAGCUGAUGUACGAGCGCCGUCGCAAGAAGCCCCAGGCCCAGGGCAUUGGAGCAUUCGAGAAGUGCACCCGCUACGAUUGCGACUAGGAUUGGGAAGGGACGGCUCCUCCAGUAUAUUUGUUAACCUUUGGCUAUUGUAUCUCACUAUAAUUGCUUAUACACGCA